AAAGAUAUUCCAACGCAUAUGUUUUGUGACAGUGUUAUGUGUUGUUGGGAAAACCAAACAAAUUUGAAUGAAACAUAAAUGAAUUUAAAUGCCAUAAAACGUUGGAAAGAGGAAGGAGCACACCACUCCAACAAAUAAACAUUAAAACUGAAUGGGCAUACUCCCGUUACUUCCGAUGCUUUUGCUAACUUCUCUGCUAUUGCUGCCUGGCAGUAGGCUCUUCUGAUUGAAGCACCACAGUGAUUACGAUCCAGAUGGUUGAGCAAUAUGAAGCUGGUUGUUUCUAUGAUCCUGACCGCACCAGCAAGGAUGAUGGCACAUGAUCCAGAGUUCACUGAGGUGAAUUCUGCUCUGUUUGCAGAACUUAUGUCCGUGUACGAAUUUUAAUUUGUUUCUGUUGUGAAUACGGAUUCUGGACAUGUCAUACCUGAAUUUGAAGGAAGUCAUAGUUGUCAACACCAGGGAUGCAUCACUGCCAUCUCACAGUCCCAUGUGGAGAGGUUGUGAUUAUAUGUCAGUAUAAAAAUGGAAUCGCAUGUUCCUAGAAAACGUAAACAGAGCCUAUCACUGACCAGAAGGCUGGAGAAAUGCCCACGUGUUGGAGAAAAUAACCCUCAAGAAAUUUUUUGUGUGGACAGUGACUGUGAAGUGGACGAUGGUGACUGUGUUGUGGUGGCUGAAAAAAUCACUAUAAGGAGAGGAAGAUGUCAAAAUGCUGCUUGCCUAUCACCUGAAGGAACUAAGCUUCAGAAAGCUUCCAGGCGUGUUCAAGAUUUUUAUGGGCACUCGUACAGGAAAGGCCGGGCAUGGAAGAUCUGUGAUAUAUGCCAUUCAAGGGCUGAAGAACAUUUAGGAAAAUUGAAAAAUAAAUUUAUUAACCGUGUGCCAGUUGUGGGAGGUCAGUACCCAUUUUAUGGUGAAAUGGUUGCGUUAGAAGAAGAAGAUUCUACCGAUGAAGAUGAUGAGGAACCAUUGGAUGACACAGUGGCAGAAUUCAUGUCAAACUGUGCUUCAGAUAUGAUAAACACCAUUUUCGAGAAGUAUGACAUUAAUUUCCAACUGGAAGAGGGAGUCAAAAAGCUUCUUGAAGGAUAUGAAAAGGUUGAGAGUGAAAUAGAGGCACAAAUAAAAUCAUGUGAGGAAGUAACUUCCUCAUUCCGUACUUACUGUGAUGAAUUUUAUAAGGAGCAUGAGUCCAGCAGAGAGGAGCUGACACCAGUAGAGAUUGAUUGUGAGUUGCCACCAGUAGAGAUUGAUUGUGGACCAGCAGAAGUCAUCAUUGAUGAUGAUAAUAGUGAUGGUGAUGAUGUUAUAGUUGUGGAAUCUGUCCGAUCAUUACAGAAUCUGCCCGAAGCCUUAAAUGAGAACACAUCAUCAACAAACAGUCAGCCACAUGCAGUGUGUCCAAAUGAGCAGUCUGUCACUGAACAGACACCAGUAGCGCAAACCAGUCAGCCUUAUUUAUCUCCUGCUGCGGCAACAAACCAUAGAGUUUUUGGUGAACUUAGAACCAUUGUUAAAUUCUCAGGAGGAAAUUCAGGCUGCUCAAGUACAAAAACUGAUGUAGUGAAUGGUUGUAUCCUUGAUAAAAGGAACAGUGAAGUGCAAAGAGUUCAAGUGCGGGCAACUGGUACAGGUGAAAUGGUGAGAGGUAGCUACACAAAGGCUUCAGGAAAGGAGUCAUCAGCUCAAAAACACCAGACAUCCAGUGAAGGGGUUGUAAUUGAAUCUGCUCCAGUUCAGAGCGUGCCUCUGCAGCAACUGUUGCAACAAGGUUUAUCAGUACUUGGUGCACAACCAGGAGCCACAAACAAGCAAGAGAAAGCACAACAUAAGCAACAGCAGCCACCCUCUCAGAUUCCUAGAGAACACACAAAUCAGCAGAUAUCUGCACUAUUACAAACAAGGCUGCAACAGAGAUUUUCUGUGCUGAACCCAUCUACAGAAACUACUUGUGCACAAGAGAAACAACACGAGGCACAUCGACUGCAUGGACACACUGCACCUACAUCACCGCACAAGCAGGGUGUAGAAAAUGUUCCAAGUAUGCAGCAGCAAGCCAGCAAAAUAAGGAUCCUUCAGAACACAGUUCACCAACAGAACAGACAGCAGACAUCACAAACACACCAGCAGUCCAGUGGCCAUCUAGUGUCACAGCCUUCACAGCGUUUGAGUGAACAGCGCAUUCAGCUAGUUCCAUCCCAGUCCACUGUAUGUACUCAACCCCAGCCUAAUAUGCAGCUCUCGUCUCGUAUCUUGCAGGAGUGUGGACCACAGUUUCCACAACGCACUAAUGAUCAAAGCAUAGUUCAGACUAUGAACAGCCAUACUGAACCUAAUGUAUCAAAAGAACUGUCUCAUCAUUCUAGUCAAUCGGUGUGCCGGCCACAACAGCUCUCAACUGAACAAAGUGCACAGCAAAAUAGCACGCAAUUUAUGUCACUGCAACAAAGUGGACAGCAUGUGGUUUCAGGUGCUCAGAGCAGUAGUGCACAAAAUAUAUACCACACUCCGAAACAGUCCAUCCAACAGACUGCCUCACAGCUUGCUCGACCCCUUAGUGAGAAGCCCGUCAUCCAACUUCCACAGCCUGGUAGACAGUCACUAGCCAGUGCUCAACAACAGCCUAGUGGUCAUGUUUCUCAGCCUGUGCAGCACCCUGGUGCUCAGUACAUUCCCCAGUCUUUGCAGCAGACCAAUGUAAAGUCCAUGACCCAUCAACCCCAGAGUGUUGUCCAACCUCAGCUACAAUCUGAUAGCAGGUAUAAGUCACUCCUGCAGCAACAGUCCAGUGGUCAGCUUGUUUACAAGCCUUCACAGCAACCUGGUGGCCAGAAAGUGACACAAGCUCUGCAGCAACCUGAUAGCAAGUACAUAUCCCAGCCUUCAACAGGAAACCCAAUGUGUGGAGCUCGUACUACACAGAAACCCAAUGUUGUGAACACUGCAUCUACAUUACAGGUUCCAAAUGAAACACCUUCACUAAAAGCUCCACCAGUUGUACAAAAUAUAACUAGGGAACAAACUAUAACACAACACACUCCAAGAAUGGCUAAUGCUACAGUGCAUCAAAAUGUGCAGAAAAGCCUACAUUUCGUAUCAGGGCAGGUACCACCCCAACCAAAGGUGUUUCCUGAUAGAGAUACAGGCUCAGGGCUUAAAAAUUGUUCUGAGAAACCAAAUGAAUUUGUUACUUCUGAAACUCAGAAUGCGGGAGCAUUAAGCACAACACACGAUGGACGUAGUUCAGCCCUCAAAGAGCAGAAAACAUGCAUUCCAAAAACACAAGUUGCUCUGAAGCAGGCUAGCGAGCAGAGAGAAUCCCAUAUAGUGUGUCAAAACAACCAACAACACAUGACUCGCACUCAUCUGCAGCCAGAUACCCAAUGUGUUGGCCAACCUCAACAGUGUCAGACUCCCCAGCACCCUGCUGUACAAGCCUCACUACAAGUUCCCCAUAUGUCGAGUGCAACGUGUGUGUUACGAGGCCCACAAGGAGCUGCCCAGCAGAACUUACAACUGGCCCCACAUCAGCACACUGCCCAGAAACUAUUCCAGUCCACAAAUCAUUCAAGUGUGCAGAGUGAAUCCCAGAAACCAACCCAGUCAAGUGUAAAGCAUGCGUCUCUUUCUCCUCAGUUGACCAACCAUAUUGUCCAACAUUCUGUUGAAAAUAAUGCGACACAGCGAACAUUACAACCCACUGUUCAGAAUAUGACAAAUCAUUGUGUUCAACAAAGUGGACAUUUGUCUCUUCAGACACUGCAGAAUUCCAGUGUGAAGUGCCUCUCAUCUUCUUCACAACCUAGUACACCAAGUUUGAGUGUGACUACACAGCAAGGUAUUAGACAAACAGUGCAAACUGUGUCUCAGCCACAGGUAACUAGAUCAUCCAUUUUGACAGAACCACAAAAUGUGGCUGUAAGGCAAGAGAAAAAUAAUGAGGGUACUUCACUUAAAACACAACAACAACUGAAUGGGCUGGAUAACAUGCUGUCAACAUGCCAAAACAAUGGACAGCAUACAGCAAAAGUUUCUCAGGUUUCUAAAACACAGUGGGGAGCCCAGAGUCCACAGAAACAAAAUGUUCCACAGAUUUCACAGCAUUCAGGUGAAAAGACGGUCUCGCAAAUUCCAAAUCAGCACAGCGGGAAGAGUGUGAUCCAAAUUUCAGGUCUGUGUAAUCAGCAGCGUAGUACGUCACAAUCAGAAUCAAAUUUGUCGAAGUUUCAGCAGCAACAGAAACAACAGGUUGUAUCACGUGUGGUUCCUACAGGGGAGGUAACAAAUAGAAGACAAACAGAAAGCUCUCUGCAAAGACCAAGUGAAUCAAUUGUGCCAAGAAACCCAUUGAUAUUUCUAAAAACUGUGCAGAGCUUAAACACAGAAAGUGCACCUCCUAAGUCACAGAUCCCUAUUGUUUCAGAACUUGGAUUAAAACAACAACAACAGCAACAGAAGCAUUACACACCAAGCAGUAAUUCACAAGAGGCCCAGCAGCUUACACCACUUACUGAGUCUGGUUCUGUUUCCCAUCAAGCAAUCUCAAGAACACAAGCACAGGGUCCUAAAAACCACUUGCAGCAACCUGAAGAAAGAACACAGCUGUCCCUUAGUGAUGGAGACUUUCUACAGAAUAUGUCCCAGCCACUACAGCAUUUGAAAAAUAAACAAAGUGAAAAAACUGAAUUGAAAGUGCAACCAGUGAUUCCACUGCAGAAGUCAGAGACAUCUAACAAAGAAGGAAGUCUUCACCACUCUAACCAGCAGUUGUCUUCUUCUGUUCCUGUCUCACAGGUGGUUUCUGAACGACCCAAUUCUUUGACCACGAAUAACCAGCUCAUACCAACAAAUGUGUCUCAACAGUCAGUUGUAUCUCUUUUCCCAGGAAAUCUCUUUAUAAUGCUCCAACAGCAGCAGGUGACAAUGCUGCUGGGGUUUGUUUGUCACAUUUUGUCACGGUUUUUACCUAUAGUGGUGCAGCAACAGUGCCAGAAAGAAUCUACUCAGGCAGAAGUUGGUUCUUCGAUAAUGAAUACUGAUUCAUCACAGGAGAAAAAUUCAAAGACAACAGCAAAUCCAAGUAAUGUAAGGUUGCCUGACAAAGAUGGGAAUGAAAUAUCAGAUACAGAAUCCAUGUGCCAGUCCCCUCUAGACAGCUUAACUCCCUUUUCCACUCCAACAAAAAGCUCGAUGUGUACGUCUCCUUCCACUCUGAGUUCUACAGACUCUGAUAUCAGUGUUUCAGAUUCCAUUGGUGUGUGUGCAGAGAAGGAUGUUGUUCCUGUUGGAAAUGUCAUUAUCAAAGAAAGCAAUCUACCUCCUUUGGGGCUGGUAAAUCGUCCUCCUGUGGCUGUUGGAGAUUCUAUGUAUAUCAUGAAUGAUAUAAAACGUCCAUGGAUUCUUGCUACAGUGAAAGAUAUUGUGUCACCAAACAAUCAGACAUUGUACACUGUGGAGUUCUUGAAUUCUAAAAACAAGAACACAAAGGAAAUAAAAAAAGUUGCAGGCUUUCAGCUAGCCUAUUCCCAGGUGCAAAAUUUUCGUUUCUCUGUCGGUCAUCGCAUUAUCUCUAUCUUUCGGGAUGGAAUUUCAGAUGAAGAGUAUUAUUCUGGUGUGAUUGCAGAGCCACCCAAAUCUAUAAACCGUUACAGGUAUCUCAUCUUCUUUGAUAAUGGUGGCUCUCAGUAUGUUAAACAUGAAGAUAUACGUCUUGUUGUGGAAAGUUCUCAGAAUGUGUGGGAAGAUGUUCAUAUUGAGAUUCGAGAAUUUGUCCAGAAUUAUUUGGAAAAGUACCCAGAAAAAGCUUUGCUUAAGGUGCAAGAAGGACAGGAUGUCAGAACUGAGUGGAAUAGGAGGUGGUACAAUGCAAAAGUCUUAGAAGUAGAUGCGUCUCUUGCUCAAAUGUCUUUCCCGCCUUAUGGAAAGCAUGUAGAGUGGAUUUACAGGGGCUCUGCUCGCUUUUACCCACUUUUUGAAGCACAUAACAGGACUUGUAAGGAACAGUUUGCUCGCUCAAAAGCAUUUGCGAGGAAGAGAGGUGAUCCAUAUAUUCAGUACACUCUGAAAGAGGAAGAAGAAUUGGACAAAGAGAUAAAAGAUGAUUGUGAAGCAGUCACAGAGGACUUUGAGCCUACCCAUCGUUCCACAGCUCGUAAGAGCACUUCUCAGAUAACACCCCAGUAUCCACGUUUAUCAUCUUCAGUAAAAGCUCCAAAAAGGAUAUUUUACCCAUGCUAUUCUCAGGUGACCUAUAGUACACACAAGUGUAAGCCUUCAUGUCUGGUGAUUGGAAGUUCAGAAAAAGAUUUUUCCAGCUAUCGAAACCUUCUAAGUCAUCUGUCGGAACCAAUGUUACAUGGCUGGACGAGGGAGAAGGUGAAACAUUCAGACUAUGUCUCUGUGUACUAUAGAGCUCCUUGCAAACGCAGAUUGCGUAAUAUUGAAGAGUUGCAUAAAUAUCUGUUGUUAACUAAAUCCAAGUUAACUGUUGACCAGUUUGAUUUUGACCAUUGGGUGAGGUGCUUCACUGAAGGAAUUAACGAAAAGUACUUCAUAAAAAUUGAGGAUAUCUCUCAUGGUGUAGAGGCCGUUCCUGUCCCGUGUAUUAAUACAGUUGAUUCAAGAAAGCCAGAUGACAUUACAUAUGUCACCAAGCAUGUACCUACAAAUGGUACAUACAUCGAAACUGACCCAGAAUUUCUCGUAUGCUGUGAGUGCACUGAUGAUUGCUUGGACAAGGAAAAAUGUGCAUGUUGGCAACAGACAAUGGAAGGGGUUAAAUAUGGCCCAGAAAGUGAGUCACCCAACCACGAGGGCUAUUACUACAAGCGACUGUAUGAACCACUUGUAACAGGCAUCUAUGAGUGUAAUUCACGGUGUAAAUGCUCAUCAACUUGCCUGAACAGGCUGGUUCAACUUCCCAUGAAGUGCAAGAUUCAGGUUUUCAUGACACCUAACCGUGGAUGGGGAAUACGUGCUCUCCAUGACAUACCAAAAGGCAAUUUCAUCUGUUUAUAUGCUGGGCAUGUACUUCCAGAAAAAGUGGGAGAUGCCUUGGCAAAACAGGUUGGUGAUGAAUAUCAAGCUGACUUGGAUUAUAUAGAAUCUGCAGAAAAAGUAAAGGAAGACUAUGAGGAGAAUGCAUACGAAAGUGAAUUAGAAGAAGAUUGUGGCAAGAGGCAGAAUUCAAAACACAGAGGACAAACCACAGUUUCUCGGAAACCAACUGGGAAGCAGCAUAAAAUAAUGGCACCCUCUACAAGAAUUCUCUUUGGCCGGAAUGGAAGAUAUAUCCUGGACGCUAAAACUUGUGGGAAUGUUGGUCGAUUUAUCAAUCAUUCGUGUAAUGCAAACCUGUUUGCCCAGAAUGUCUUUGUGGACACGCAUGAUCUCAGAUUCCCGUGGGUGGCAUUUUUUACUAAUUCAUUUGUGCCAGCCAAUACAGAGCUAACAUGGAACUAUGGCUAUGAUGUGGACAGUGUUCCAGAGAGAGUAAUCAUUUGUAAAUGUGGUGAGACAAAUUGUCAGGGCAGGUUGCUAUAAAGAACUGCAGUAUUAUGCUGUGAAGAUAACCGGUCACAUGGAGCUCGCUCUCUUUAAAAAUAUAUGUAUAUGUAUAUAUAUUUUGAGUGAUGUGUUCAUAAAUGAAUUCUGUGAUUAUUUAUUACUUCACCAAAUUUAAGUGUAAAAUGAACAAAUAUUUAUGUGUAACUGUUUCAGUACCAUUUGAUUAAUUAGUUUAUUCAUGUAACAGAAACAGCUUUAUCUUUGUAGUUAGCUGUAGUAACAAAGAUUCCUACGUUUUAUCACAUGACCUGUCUUGACUUUGAAAAUACGACGACUGAAUGCUUAUAAGUAUUUUCAUUGUGUAUUACUUUGUGUUGUAUUGUACAUUAUUAGCAUAGGUUCUUAUUGAAAGCUGUUAAAAAUCUCAUUACUUUUACGCAUUUGGCCACCUUUGUGUUCAGUGAAAUUAAAUGAAUGGGUUUUUCAAAUGUGUAUGUAACUUUAUCCAUACAUUUUCUGUGAAAAUGUGUUAUUUAUUUACCACUGAAACUUUGAAAUGAGUAGUAAACAGUUUGUAUAACAAUCUAGCAAUGUGCUCAACAUGAUUAAAAUUUUGAGGAUUUCAAGAAAUCAUCUGCUGCAGCAUUGUUGUAUAAAACAUACUCAGUUUUCUAGCAAUAUCAAUUGUGAAUUUUCACUCAAUGUUUCAAGGAUUAUCCUAUUUUCAUUGCCAGCAAUAAAAUGAUAGAUUGCUGAUACUA